GUCAGUUCCCCGGUCCGCGCGGGGCCGGGCCGGGCUCCGCCACAGCAGCGCGGCCGCUCGGGCGGGCCGGGCCGCGGCCAUGGGCAAGAAACACAAGAAGCACAAGUCGGACAAACACCCCUACGAGGAAUAUGUGGAAAAGCCGCUGAAACUGGUGCUGAAAGUUGGAGGAAGCGAAGUUGCUGAACUCUCCACUGGAAAUGCGGGACUUGAUUCCGCCCUCUACGAAGACAAAUCCGAGCAUGAAAAACACAAGGACAGAAAAAGAAAAAAAAGAAAGAAAGGGGAAAAACAAGUUCCCGGAGAAGAAAAGGAGAAAAGAAGGAGAAAAGUUAAGGAGGAUAAAAAGAAACGAGAUCGAGACCAUGCAGACAGUGAGGGAGAACAGGAAAUUAAAUGCCAGACCCCCGUCAGGAUGGAGCUGUCACCAGAGAAACCACUGACGAGCACUUUAUCAAAGCAGGAAGAGGUGGAGCAGACACCACUUCAAGAAGCUCUGAAUCAACUCAUGAGGCAGCUGCAGAGAAAGGAUCCAAGUUCUUUCUUUUCAUUUCCUGUGACUGACUUUAUUGCCCCUGGCUAUUCCAUGAUCAUUAAAAACCCAAUGGAUUUUAGUACCAUGAAAGAGAAGAUCAAGAACAAUGGGUACCAGUCCAUAGAAGAAUUAAAGGAUAACUUCAAACUGAUGUGUACUAAUGCAAUGAUUUACAACAAACCAGACACCAUUUAUUACAAAGCUGCAAAAAAACUGCUGCACUCAGGGAUGAAGAUACUUAGCCAGGAGAGAAUUCAGAGCCUGAAACAAAGUAUAGAAUUCAUGGCUGACCUGCAGAAGACAAGGAAGCAGAAGGACAAGGCAGAACUGCAGCAAACUGGGGAAGAUGAAAACGGUCCUGGGAAAGACAAAGGAGAAUCUACGGAUGGUGACACCAAAGCAUUCAAAUCACCUAGCAAAGAACACAAAAAGAAGGACAAAGACCUGCUUGAAGACAAAUUACGAAGCAAUAGCUUGGAAAGGGAACAGGAGCAGAUUGAUCGUAUUGUUAGAGAAUCUGGAGGCAAGUUAACCAGGCGACUUGCAAACAGCCAGUGUGAAUUUGAAAGAAGAAAACCAGAUGGUACAACAACUCUGGGCCUUCUUAAUCCAGUUGACCUUACUGCAGGAGAGCCAGGUUACUGCCCUGUGAAGCUGGGUAUGACAGCAGGAAGGCUUCAGUCAGGAGUUAAUACGUUACAAGGGUUCAAAGAAGAUAAAAGAAACAAGGUUACUCCAGUGACGUACUUGAAUUACGGACCCUUUAGUUCCUAUGCGCCAACAUACGAUUCUACAUUUGCCAACAUAAGCAAAGAAGAUUCUGACUUAAUCUAUUCAACAUAUGGGGAAGACUCUAAUCAAGGAUCUUCCAGUAUUCAAGAUUUUUUUAUGAAAUCCCAAGAUUAUCCUCUCUUAAUGGCUGAUAGUUUGCUUGAUGUUCUAACUAAAGGAGGACAUUCUAGAGCUCUCAGAGAACUAGAAAUGCCACUGGAGGAAGCUGAAGGCCCACAUGAAAGAAGUGAUGCAAUAAAAGAUGCAAAGAUUAUGGAAAGUGAUAUUGCUGCCAGGUUGGAUGCUGCUAAUAAUGACAGACUUACAGCACUAAAGGCAGUCACAAACUUUGGUAUGCCUAUAGAAGAGUUUGAUUCUGAGGAGGCUGAAAUCUUCCAGAGGAAACUUGAUGAAACAACAAAGCUGCUCAGAGAACUGCAGGAUGCUCAAAACGAACGACUGAGUACAAAACCACCCCCUAAUAUGAUCUGUCUUCUGGGUCCAUCUUACAGGGAAAUGCACUUGGCGGAGAGAGUAACCAAUAACCUGAAAGAACUUGCACAACAAGUGACUCCAGGUGACAUUGUCAGUACAUACGGAAUCCGGAAAGCAAUGGGAAUCUCAGUUCCUGUACCUGACACAGAAGACAGCUGGGUAGAUUUGACAGAGGACUUUGAAGAGCCUAAAAAGACCAUCACCAUCCCUGAAAGCGAGUGUGGCGCAGUUACAGGCUGAAGGUUCCGUUCAGUUUACAGCUGUUUGUUUGAUUCUGUUUAAGAACCAGGUUAAUGUCCUUCAGGUGCAUUCACCACGUGUGUAAAUUGUGUGUUAAACUACUUUUGUUUAUUAAGUUUUGGAACUGAUGGCUUUUGAAGUUGGAGGGUUUGUAUUAGAGUUACUUCUGCUACAUAAAUGCACUAAAUUAUUCUUUUUGCGUUCUGUAUUAUUUUAAAGCGCCUCUGCAGCAUUUAAGUUUUCAUAGAUUGUCAAGUGUCUGGAAAAGUCAAAGCAUAGUGAAAAUGUGCCUAUAUAUUGUGCAGGGACUCAGCCAGAAGUUUCUAAAUGCAGUGUAGUAGACUGAGUCUGGUUAGUGCAAAUAUCAGUAGUAUCUGAACAUGCAACUUCCCCUUUUUAAAAUUACUGAGCAUCUCUCUUGAACAUGAGGAAGAGAAAUAAACUUUUUAUAUAAAACCA